AUGUCCACAGAGUCCCCACCUGCGACCGUAUCAUCAAGCACCGCAACGCCAUUGCCAUCUCAUGAGGAUUCGUCAGGCAACACGGUAUCUUCGCCAAAUCCGGUCAUGUCUUUCUCGACAACAUUGGCACCGUCGUCGCAAAUGGCCGAGGUGAUGGCCAGUGGGUCGACUCCUGACGCUAUUACAACAAGCGUAACGUAUUCGUCAGCUUCUGCUGACGUUGUGUCGAGCACCAUCACUGACUCGAUGCUGCCGGCAUCAUCUCCUUCCAGCAGUUCGAAAUCCUCGUGGAUCAGUUUGACGUCACCCUCCACUGAAACCGAGACGUCAUCUUUACCAUCGCCAACCUCAUCCUCAACCUCCUCAACCUCAUCCUCAACAGUACACGACGCCGUUUCGACAACCUCUUCGAUUAUAGACGCUUCGAUUAUAGACGUAUCGUCGACCUCCAUUGAUGUUACAUCAGGCAGCCUGAAAACUUCAGUUUCCACGUUCUCUAUUGAUCCAUUUCAGACUCCAUCUACCAGUAUGGAUAUUACUUCAACAGAGUCUGCGACCCUUGCCAUUAUCGAAACGACAACCACUACAUUCAGCGACCUGGCCACCACCCCCAUAGCAAGCCCCACGCCUGAAUGUUUCGCAUAUCCAUCGAACUAUGUUCAGAACGGCGAUUUUGAUGUUCCAAGCUCCGGAACUCCCUUCUGGGAUAUUACGCAAAGUCCCAGUAAUGGCCCGUGGAACUUGACUCGUUGGGGAGCUACUGGAGCUUGGAGUGGAUCCGGGGUUGGUGGCACCUGGUCUUUGUCUGCAAAGACAUCAACGGGUAAUGUGGGCAAGGCACAAGGAACAAUAUCUAUUCGACAGGAUGGGAUUUUCAUUCCUGAUGGUACUGUCGUGGAUGUUUCCGCAUCGUUCCGACCAACACGCUCGGCUAAACACAAUUCUAGCGCACCGUAUGUGUUUACUUUGAGGUUCGAUAACUCCGUCAUCGAUACUUUCAAGCCAGACACCAAGUCUAGCCAGUAUUCCGAUUACCGCCGAUUGACAAAGACCAUGGUGUCUGUUGUCGGAGAUGGACCCCACUCGGUCGAGCUUCUAGUCCAGACGAAGGGCAGCGACAACACAUGGAUUUUUGACGCGGAUGAUUUCACAAUUGCUGCUCGGCAUGGGCCUAAUCACAUGGAGUUAUGCAGCUCGCUAAUAUCAUAG